GGCGGUGCCUAUCACCCGCUAAUCGCAGAAGCGAUGAAAGACCAAGGUGGAACGACAACGGUGAUUAACCAAGACAAAACCCUCUACGAGGCCAUCAAACGCUUUAAUGUGGAUACGACCGCCGCGCAACCGCUCGCGACUGGAGGACAGUUUGGCAUUUCGACGACAGCCGCAGACGAUGAACUGCACAAGGAGAUCAUGAAGAAGUAUGAAGAGAGCGUGGAGCGAAUCCUUGAGCUGGAAUCACGUGGGGACGGCAACGCGAGUAAGGUUUUGGAUUUGGAGGAUGAAUUGAAACGUACGAAGGAUAGACUGAGCGAGUGCUUGGAUGCACUCCGCAAGAUUCACAUGGUCUCGAAAGAGCCAGUUCCAGUCGAAGGAAGCAGCGAGCGGUCAUCUGGUGCCCAAUCGCCAGCCUCACUAGCCCAAGUCGCGCCGCCCGAGGUGUUGCGUAGCGUGCGUCAGGCGUUGCGCAAUCGCGACAACGAACUGCAGCUAAUGCAGCGCAAAAUGAAGAAUACUGAAUCACAGGUAAACGAUUUGGAGAUUCAAUUGAACAGCGCAGAAGAGACACGAAAACGUUUAGAGAAACAACUACUUGACACCAAGAAGGAACUGACAGCGCAGUUAGUUUUGGAAUUUUUUGAAAAUUUUCAUUGA